GAAUUUGAACUUCUGACCGAGGACAAAUUAAAUUUAACGCUCGGCGCUGACGCGCGAAGUCGUUCUGUUAAAAAAUAUUUGCUUUCGAUGCGUAAUCGAUCGUGCAGUCGAGAUUUUUUACCAAGAUUUAUCGAGCUUCAUCGUAAGAGAUAAAAUAUACAAGCAGUUAAACAUUUUUAUUAACUAAAUUAUUCAAUAACACGAAGGAAUUAAUUAUUAAUUCAUAUACAAAUACGAAGCAAAAAACAGUGAUCGCGUUGUUAAUAUAACGAAACAAUUUUGUUUAUCAAUGAGAUUACACUGGUCCAUUGGAGGAAGAUUUUAGAAAGAUAAGGCGACAAAUGUGAUUUCACUAUAAGAUAACGGCAGAGAGUGUCGCGGAUGAAUUCGUUGCCAUUCCAUCGAAUCGCGGUGUAAGAAGCAUAGUUCAAGCUAGGUGGUCCCGGUGGUGCGGUCGGGUGCAUCGAGAAAUCGGAUCGCUCCAAAAAAAAGUAUCGACUAAUCAGAUACCACCUGGCAUGAUGUGGCUCGGAUCGCUCAUGUUUUUGGCCAUCGCCGUUUCAUUCAUCUCGGCGACAACGGUGGUCGACUUGUCAUUUCAUAAAUUAAAAAAAGAAAUCUUUUUUGUGAAAAUGCAAUCGCAGUAUAAUAAUCUAGAAGGAGUGACAGACCUUAUUUUGAAAGGAAAUGAGUUUGACAGUUUUCUAGAUUGCUCCACUAAUUUAAAUAGUCUUAGAACGCUGGAUUUGUCCCAGAAUCAUCUUCAGCGAUUCUUUUUCCUAUGCAAAGACGAAUAUAAUCUGCAAGUGUUAAAUGUGAGCCACAAUAAAUUGGAGUAUAUCGAUGACAAUGCUCUCAAUGAUCGGAUACCAAAGUUGAAGAUAUUAGAUCUCUCUUUCAACAAACUCACUGUCGUCAAUGAAACCAUGCUACAAUAUUUAACGGAUCUCGAAUAUCUAUCUCUAUCCCAUAAUCCUAUAAGAGAUGGGAUACAUGAAAGCGCAUUUUGGAACUUAACGGCACUGAAGCAUCUUGAUCUGAAGAAUAUAUCCGCACCCUACUUCUCAUCCGUCUUCUUCAAGACCUUGACGGAGCUGUCAACCCUCGAUCUAUCCUGGAACCCAAUCGACACGAUACCUCUAUUGCCGAAAAAUUUGCAGGAGCUGGAUUUAUCCGGCACGCAAGUGAUAAAUCUUGAAAAAUUGUAUCUACCACAGUUACGAGAACUGAAGCUAAAUUACAUGUCGAACUUAACAUCAUUCGUCCUGAAUGAACUCGAAAACCUCACUAGUCUGGAGAUAUUAUCAAUGAUCGGUUGCAGACGAUUAAUUCGGCUUAGUCUUUGGCCGCAAUUUGGUGUUGUGCUACCUCGGUUACAGCGUCUCUCGAUAAAAGAAUGUAGCCUUGAAACCCUGGGUAUCGAGCUGCGUGCAUUGCUGAAACGAACACCGGUCGUCGAACUGGAGAACAAUCCCUGGAGAUGCGACUGUAAAUUAGAAUGGAUCAGUCUGUUAAAUUCGAGCAGAAAUCUCAGUCAAGAUAUCAGAUGCUACGCACCGGAUCAACAUCAUGGCAAACUACUUGCUGAAAUACCAAACUACGAGCUGGAAUGCGAAUACGACUCGUCAAUUCUUUAUCCGAUCCUGUGGACAUGUCUCUCGCUAGUAAUUGUUUCACUAAUCAUCGCCACGAUUUUAGUCUUCCUCAAACGACCAAUAAGUCACUGGAGCUUUAAGGGAAGGAACGGGGAUACUGUCACGUACAAGAACGUCGUUGAAUCGAACAAUGAUCUGGUCCGAAUAUUGGCUGUAUCCGAGGCACACGAACGCAACGAAGAAUGAAGCAGACAAAUUUAAGAGAAAGAAUACACAAGAAUAUACGGACAAUUAUUCGGCUUCAUCGUAAACAUUUUAUCGAUUUUUUGGAAAAAUUUUGUCACAAUAUUUACUUUGAAUAAUAUAAUGUAGCAUUGUUAAUGACAACAUAACGUAAAAUGUCAAUAAGAACAGACGUUGAUGUAUAUAGAUAGCUAAAUAUCUUGCAAAUAGCAAUCUAAAAAUUACUAUUUGCAAGAUAUUAAAAUUUUCGCCCGCCUGAUUAAGAUUAAUUCCAGGAUUAUAUCAUUAAAUAACAAAUUACUACACAAUCAAAUAUAUAUUGUAGCAAACACUAGAAAAGUCUCUUAUGCCACGCUCUGUAAAUUCGAAAGACCAUGUGCCACGGAUUGGAGUAUUCAUAGGGUAUUCCCAAUGUUCGAUAAUAAUGCGAAACUCUUCUGCGGUCGAAUAAAACGUCUUUUUUUUCUGUCGGUAAGAA